GACAGACCGAACAUAUAAGAAGGAAACCAGAGAUCUGGUGCUAUUACGUCCCAGAGUCUAAGGGAACGAAUAAGCACAGAAUUAAAAGCAUUCUUCAGCCUGAUUUUUUAAGGAGUGCACUUAGGAACUAGCCAAGCUGAUUUAUGAUAACUAAGUUUUAAACUCCAACAACCAAAGACAGUAAGAAUUAGGAGCUGCUGACAUUUCAAUAUGAAGGGCAACUUCACCCUGGCCACCAGUAGCAAAAACAUUACCAGCAGUCUUCACUUUGGACUUGUGCACACCUCUGGCAACGAGUCGGCCUUUAACUGCUCACAUAAGCCAUCAGAUAAGCAUUUAGAUGCGAUUCCUGUUCUCUACUACAUUAUUUUCGUGAUUGGAUUUCUUGUAAAUACUAUUGUGGUUACACUGUUUUGUUGUCAAAAGGGUCCUAAAAAGGUUUCCAGCAUUUACAUCUUCAACCUGGCAGUGGCUGACUUACUGCUUCUGGCUACUCUUCCUCUCUGGGCAACCUAUUAUUCUUACAGAUAUGACUGGCUCUUUGGCCCUGUGAUGUGCAAAGUGUUUGGUUCUUUCCUGACCCUGAACAUGUUUGCAAGCAUUUUUUUUAUCACCUGCAUGAGCGUUGAUAGGUACCAAUCUGUCAUCUACCCCUUUCUGUCUCAAAGAAGAAAUCCCUGGCAGGCUUCUUAUAUUGUCCCCCUUGUUUGGUGUAUGGCCUGUCUGUCUUCAUUGCCAACAUUUUAUUUCCGAGAUGUCAGAACCAUUGAAUAUUUAGGAGUGAAUGCUUGUAUUAUGGCUUUCCCACCUGAGAAAUAUGCCCAGUGGUCAGCUGGGAUUGCCUUAAUGAAAAAUAUCCUUGGUUUUAUUAUCCCUUUAAUAUUCAUAGCAACAUGCUAUUUUGGAAUCAGAAAGCACUUACUAAAGACCAAUAGCUAUGGGAAGAACAGAAUAACUCGUGACCAAGUCCUGAAGAUGGCAGCUGCUGUUGUUCUGGCGUUCAUCAUUUGUUGGCUUCCCUUCCAUGUUCUGACCUUCCUGGAUGCGCUGGCCUGGAUGGGUGUCAUUAAUAGCUGUGAAGUUAUAGCAGUCAUUGACCUGGCACUUCCUUUUGCCAUCCUCCUGGGAUUCACCAACAGCUGCAUUAAUCCCUUUCUGUAUUGUUUUGUUGGAAACCGGUUCCAACAGAAGCUUCGCCGUGUGUUUAGGGUUCCAAUUACUUGGCUCCAAGGGAAGAGAGAGAGUGUGUCGUGCCGAAAAAGCAGUUCCCUUAGAGAAAUGGAGACCUUUGUGUCUUAAAAGUGAGGCAGGAAUGCAGGUUAUCAACACGGCUUCAUGACUUGAGGUCUCCUUGAAUUACCUUUUAAUAGCUUUCGGAAAGUAAUGUUGCUUCCCUUAAUGGAAACUUGUCUCACUCUUCUAGAUUAGGGAACCAAAUGCAUGUAAAAGUUUUAUCCUCUAAUGACUUUCAAGAAUUGUCACCCCACCCCCUUCCUUUUCUUGGUCUGUUGGUAUGAGACUGUCAUAGCGAGAC